AUGCCCCGCGCCGCCUCGACCUCAUCUUUGCCCGUCGCCACCCCGUCCGUCGCCGCCCGGAGCACGACCUCGCCGGCGCCUCAUCCCCACCGGCCGCUUCCUUCUUCGUCGUCGUCUCCGACCACCACCCCGAGCACCGCUGCCCGGACCCCUACACCACAGCAUGAGCUGCCCCUCCCUAACCCCCUCUGUCCACCGGCAUGCACGCGCCCGGGCGCGCGAGCCCGUGCCCCUGGAACCCCGUGCGUCGCCGCGGCCCCGCUCCCGUCGCUGCUCACCCCACUCCCCCUCUGCGCGCGCGCUCGCGCUCGCCGCGCAGCGACCGCGCCCGUCCGCGCACCAGCGUCCCGCCUCUACCGCGCGCGCUGCUACUCCGCUGCGCCGCGCCGCCCACCGCCAGCAUCCUCCACGGUCCCGACCACCCUGCUCCGUCGUGCCGCCGCCACCUGCUGCUCGACGCCGCCCUGA